AUGCCCGCCGCUAUGCCAAAGAGAGUCUGUAUUGUUGGUGCCGGGCCUUCCGGCCUCGUGGCUGCCAAGUCGUUGCUUUGGGAUACGCCAAGGGGCACUUUUGAUGUGACCUUGUUCGACUCCCAGACUCGAAUUGGUGGUCUCUGGCCUUCGCACAAGGAUGACCGCACAGGACUUGUUCAUCCCCGCAUGGUUGCCAACCAGAGCAAACACACCGUCCACUUCAGUGACCUGGCCUGGUCCGAAGACGCCCCCAACCUCCCCCGCGCUUGGCAAGUCGGCCAAUACCUCUCCGAGUACCUGAAAAGGUACUGCUCCGAGGCAAAGCUCAGUCUUGGAACCCGUGUCGAAAAGGCCGUGCCACUGGCAGCUUCCAAGGAUGGCUCACAGCAUGGCUGGAGGGUUCAGACUCGUUCCGAUCAAGGGGAAGUGAAAGAAGAUUCGUUCGACUACCUACUCGUGGCGUCCGGCUUCUUUGGCCAACCCGCACUACCUUCCAUAAGCCGUGGAGGUCCCGAGAUCCCCACCAUUCAUAGUAGCCAGUAUCGCGACCUGCAAACUCUCCUUGGGAAGACGGGUGGCUCAGGGGGAAAGAUCCUGGUUGUGGGAGGUCAAAUGUCAGGGGUCGAAGUUGCUGGCACAAUCGCCUCGCACCUUUCAUCCGCUGUUCACUCCCCGGGGGCAAGCCCGGUACCUAACGCGGAGAAGUAUUCCAUCCACCACAUCAUCCAGCAGCCCGUGUGGGUGUUUCCGUUGCACACCUCCCCAAAGCCAACCGCAUCCGCUCCUCCAUUUCUACCACUUGACCUGGGGUCUUACAACACUGCCAAUAGGGUCCAUCCCCUGACCAACUCACAGGGUCACAUCCCCCAAGAAGCUGCCAAGAUUGUUCAUUCGAUCUACCAAACCGCUCUGGGAACCGACCAGUCGAUAUUCUCCCCGGAGGUUGCAGUUACAGCCGCCAACACCAGUGGCCCGCCAUACCUUACCGUUAGCGAUCACUACAUGGACUUUGUCCGUUCUGGUCUCAUCUCUGUGUCCCACGGCAAGCUCGGUGGCCUUACAGGCUCCGAAGCAACAAUAUCGCCAUCGAACGAGAAGAUUGAGGAUGUUGCUGCCGUGGUGUUCGCAACUGGCUUUGAGGCAUCCUCUUCGAUAUCCUUUCUCCCCCAAGCGGUGAAAGAGGCAUUGUCCCUCAGCCCCUCCGACCUCAACAACACAGUUGCGCUAGCAUUCCAUGGUACCUACCACCCGGACGUCCCGAACCUUGGCUUCGUUGGUUUCUACAGGUCACCUUAUUGGGGCGUCAUGGAGAUGCAAGCUCGCUUCCUCACAGCCUUGUGGGCCGCUGGUGGGCCAUCCUCAUCCUCUCUACCGCCGCAACUGAAGGAAGCCUUGAGCAAGGACACCUCGAUCGAGUGGACCCUCAACCUCCGGACUGAUCCCCGGGCGUCACAGUUCCCGAUGGGCGAUUAUCCGUGGCUCAUGCAAGAGUUUGCGGCCGCUCUCGGGCUCAAGAAAUCACCCCCCACGGGCAGGAUGCCCCGACUACCACCAGCAGACAAGGAGAUGGACAUCCUAACCCCCGCACGGUACCCAUCCGCCUCCUUAACCGAAUCCCAGCAAGCCGAAGUCACCAACUCCCUCAAGCACACCGAAGCCACCGCCUGGGCCGGGCUCAGCUCCACCAAGUUCGUCGCGCGAGCCGUCUUCCGCUCCCUGCUGGGGGAGUGGAAGCUCGAGCGCGCGCUGACCAGCAAGCUGCCCAGCCAUCCGAGCGGGCACUUCAGCGGGACGGCCAAGUUCCUGCUCCGCGAGGGCACGCGGGACGGCCGCGAGGCGGCGUUCGACGCCCUGGGCGACCAUGGCGACCACCCGGGCCUAGAGUACCUCUACAUCGAGGAGGGCGACUUCAAAGCCGCCAAUGGCUUGACCUUCCGCGCCACGCGCCGGUAUGUGUGGCGCUAUGAUGAGGGGAGGGAUCGGUUGAGUGUGUGGUUUGCGAAGACGGAUGAUCAGAAGCGCGCGGAUUACCUGUUUCAUGAGGUGGAGUUUGUCCCGCCGAAGGGGAAUGGGGAGGGUGAGGAUGAUGGCAAGGGGUGGGAGGCCAAGGCGGGCCACUUGUGCAUUGACGACUUUUACAACGUCAAGUACAAUUUCAAGUUCAACGCCGUCAACCUGGUGGACUGGCGGCUGUCAUACACGGUCAAAGGCCCGAAGAAGGAUUAUACCAUCGAUGGCGUGUAUACUCGAUAG